ACAAUUUAGCUCGCACUGGAAUUUCAUCGUACGGCAGUACUGUAAUAGUAGAUGAGAAUGAUGCAACGUGCAAUUAUGAUCAAAAUUUCCAGUCUAUGACAACAAAAUGGGCUACGGCACACCACUUUUCAUGGCUCAGAUUACGAUUUAGUCAGUCAGGUCGGAAUGUCGCCAUAUCGCAGAAUACAUUCCAGUCGAGCACAUAUACGGAUAGUACUUAUGAGGAGCGUUAUUCCCUGUCGAGCAACGCUGUAGAUGGAAAUCCAAGCGGAAAUUUUGGAGACCUCACCUGUGCUCACACAAAGACUGAAUUAAAGCCAUCCUGGGAUUUGACUUUGGAAACAUCAAAACUAGUCCACAGAUAUGUGGUUUACAAUAGAGGUAA